AGAGCCUCGGAGCGGCGGCCGAGCUGCGGGCGACUGGGGCGGCCGAGUCGGGCCGCGGCCGGGGCGGAGCCGGAGCCAUGGAGCCGCCGCUGCCAGGCUAGGGACGGCCGGCGCCGCCGGGCCCACGGCAAUGGCGGGCUACGCGCGCCGCCCGGGCGUCAGCCCGCUGUCCCGGGCCCGCAGCCUGGUCGUUCCGGACGCUCCAGCGUUCUGUGAGCGCCGGUCUUGUCUCCCCCAGCUAGACUGUGAGCGCCCCCAUGGCAGGGAACUGGACUCCCACUUCUUCGGCAUUCGGCCGACGUUUAUGUGCUAUGUACCCAGUCCGGUGCUAGCUUCCGUGGGAGACACAGAUGAUAAACUGGAAGAACUUGAAGAGGCAAAUCCGUUCUCCUUUAAAGAGUUUCUGAAAACCAAGAACCUCAGCCUGUCGAAAGAGGACACGGCCAACAGCAGACUUUAUGCAAAGGAAGCCACAAGGCACUCACUGGGGCUCGACCGCAACUCCCCAACCUCUCAAGCCAUGGGGUUUGGCCUGGAAUACCAGCAGCCGUUCUUUGAAGACCCAACGGCGGCUGGAGACCUCCUGGACGAGGUCGAGGACGAUGGGUGGAAUGGGGCCUACCUGCCGUCCGCUGUGGAGCAGAGCCACUCGGCGAGGGUGGCUGCCAGCACGUCGCCCUGCAGCACGUACGUCUCCUUCUUCUCCAGCCCAUCGGAGCUGGUGGGACCCGAGUCUCUGCCCCCGUGGACGCUGAGUGACUCUGACUCGCACGUCUCUCUGGCGGGGAGUCCUGGUGCAGACUUUGCAGCCCACGGACAGUCUCGGGGGGACAGGCACCUUCGGACGCUGCAGAUAAGUUACGAAGCACUGAAAGAGGAGAAUUCUAAGCUAAGAAGAAAGCUGACAGAGAUUCAGAGGUUCUCUGAGACACAGACAGAAAUCUGCCGGGGCCGCACGCGCUCCCUCGGGCCGCAAAUGAAGGCCCCGGCCCCCUUGGCCCGCUGCAUCUGCCUCAUGGAGGCGGCGGCAGUCACUGGGUGGCCUGGGCGGCAUGCGCAGGUCUGUAACUUCAAGCGGGAAAACGAAGCCCUGCGCUUGGGCCAGGGCGCCAGCCUGACAGUGGUGAAGCAGAACACGGACGUGGCCUUGCAGAACCUCCGCGUGGUCAUGGACAACUCGCGCGCCUCAAUCAAGCAGUUGGUGUCUGGAGCUGAAACGCUGAAUCUCGUUGCCGAAAUCCUUAAAUCUAUAGACAGAAUUUCUGAAGUUAAAGAGGAGGAGGAGGAGUAGUCUUGAGAACCACGGAGAAGCUUCCAGCUCACAGCUCUGUUUACAUCCUGAAAUCCCUACCUACUGGGUCUAAAAAUGCCAUUGUGUCUUUAAAUAUGCAGUCUUCGCCCAUAGUAAAAAUAUUUAUCAUGAGAUACUAAUUCCAUGAUCUAGAACAGUGUUAUUAGCCAGCCGCGAGGAGGAGCAGCUUCCACAGGUGGGAGGCGCACCUGUAGACCCAUGCAGCGCUUCUGGUGAACCCCUGCUGUUUUAUAGACUAAUGAGCAUAUUGCAAGACGUUUUUAUAAAAGCCACUGAUUUUUUAAGUUACUGAACAUGAAAACAGCAAUUCUGUGAUGUGCGGUUUUCAUUCUUAUUCCACAGCAGUCAUUGUAAGAUAAGUUCAGUUGAUCAUUCUUCAUUUCACAAGUCGAGAAAAACACUAAAUGAGUCGAAAUUCAAAUGGUUGCCUUGGACAGGGACUUGUGCCUUUAGGCCACCUCUCAGUGCCCCUCUGCCUCCCAGUCCCUCCUGUGGCUUCACAGGGCUGGCUCCUGCGGUUGGUGGCCUGAGUGUGGACACCCCUCAUGGUGGAUGCUAUCCUCCCACAGGAACUGAGGUCACACAGGGAAUCCCCACUGUGAAGCCAUCUAAAGACACCUUCAGGGGCCUUCAGGUUUGAAAAGCUGCUUUUGGCUGGAGGGUUUUGAUACACGUUUCAAGUGGCCUUUUGUACAGUGAUGUUUAGAAUUCAGGAAUUGAGAGGACGUGCCGAGUCCCCUGGGGUUAGCACGAGGUCUCCCAGGCGCCUUUCCGAUGUGGGGAGGCAUAACGUGCACUCUGCCUUUUUGGCUGUUUUCCUGUAGAUGUUAUUUUUUAAAUUUUCCCUCCUGUUCAGAUUGACAGCUUAUUUAAUAAAUUCUAAAAUUUAUAUGCACUGUCUCCCCUA